CGUAAAGGGUUAAUACGAGCUGACAUAAGUAUGGGGGGACAUGAAGAAGAAGGAGGAUCCGCUGCUCAAGAGCCCAAGAAAAAUGUCAGACUUGGCAAGAAAAUAACAAGGCGAGGGAAGAAAGAUGAAAACCCUGGCUCAGAUGACAAUGAAAAAUCUGAGCCUGACAAGAAGCGGAAAGUGAAGAAAAGAGAAACUGCAAGCAAAUCCCAUACUGAAUCCACACCUGCAGAUAUAGGACCUGACAAAGCUCCACCCCAGAAUAUGGAGGAGGAAGACGGGGCCAUUGGUGCCAAAAAGCAGAAGAAACAAGUCCAUGAUGGUGACAAAGUAAAAAGGCAAAAAAGAAAAUAUGAUAAGCCUAAAAAUCUUAAAUCUGAGAGGAAUAAAAGAGUGGCGAAGAAGCCUAAAACCUCUGAGACUGUAACCAAACCUCGGCACCUCAGAUUGAGCUCUCACAAGUAUGUAGGAGCGCACCUCUCCAUUCAAGGGGGACUGUGGAACGCCCCACUGGAGGCCAAACGUAUUGGAGCCAGAGCAUUUGGUCUGUUUCUGAGGUCGCAGAGAUCCUGGAUCAGCAAACCCCUAGAAGAUGAGGCUGCUGAGAUGUUCCGGAGAACGUGUGAUGAGUUGGGCUUCGAGUCCCGUUAUAUACUGCCACACAGCCCCUAUCUUAUGAACCUGGGCUCACCUAAGCCAGAUGUGUUUGAGAAGAGCCGCGCUAUGCUGGUAGAAGAAUUAAUCCGGUGCAAGAAGCUUGGCCUCACAUUAUACAACAUCCAUCCGGGAUCCCAUGUGGGUGAAAUGCCAGUCAGCAAGUGCCUGAAACUCAUUGCUGAUGGGAUAAAUUAUGCCCAUUCACAAGUGCCAGGAGUUACAGUGGUGUUGGAGAAUAUGAGCUGUCAGGGCAGCACGGUUGGAGGUCGCUUUGAGGAGCUGCAGGGUAUUAUUGACCACAUCAAGGAUAAGUCUCGUAUUGGCGUGUGCCUAGACACGUGUCACGCCUUUGCUGCUGGUCACGAUUUGUCAGAAGAGACCGGUCUCAAACGUAUGUUAGAUGAGUUUAGUAAGAUUGUGGGACUCUCGUACAUCAGAGCCGUCCACCUGAACGAUUCCAAAGGUGCUGUGGGCUGUCAUCUAGACCGUCAUGAAAAUAUUGGCAGAGGACACAUUGGAGUAGAAGGAUUCAGAAUGGUGAUGAAUGAGCCACGGUUCAAUGACAUUCCCAUGAUCCUUGAGACGCCGGCCAGCCCUGAUUUUGAAGACUAUACAGCUGAGAUUGAUCUUCUGUAUUCGCUCUGUGAAUAAGAACGACAGUAAGUGACCUUAAACUGCAAAUUCAACACCGGACCAAUGAGAAGAUAAAGGAGUGCUGGGGACUGAAGAUGUGGUGCGCACUUAUGGAAAUACAAAAAGCCAUAAAAAUGUAUACAUUCACUUACAAGAUUCCAUAUGGUAUUCUUUCAGGGUGAUUAUACUAUACAGGUAGGGUCACACAUGCCCUUUGCUGCUGCGUAUUUUUCUACCCAUUGAAGUCAAUGAGUAGCAAAGUCAGCUGCAGAAAAUACGCAGCAAAAUACGGCAGGUGUGAUCCUACAGUUGUGUUUUAGCUGCUUUUACACCUGCUGUUCAUCUUUUUGCCUUUGGGCACUGGGCAGAGAAGUUUUAUUGUUGCCAUUAACCUACUAGUUUGAUGCUGCACUAGUCUGCACUUAAAGGGGUACUCCACCCCUAAACAUGUUUAUCCCCUAUCCCAGCGGCGGGAGUCUUGGUUGCGGCACCCCAGAUAUCCGGUGCAUGGAGCAAACUGUGAUCCGUGCCGGAUGACUGGCGAUACGGGACGGAGGCUCCUGACGUCACGGCCCCUCAAUGCAAGUCUAUGGGAGGGGGGCGUGACGCCCCCUCCCAUAGACUUGCAUUGAGGGGGCAUGGCCGUGAUGUCACGAGCGAGGCGUGACUGUGACGUCAUGAGCCUCCGGCGCUACACGCGACGCUCUAAACGAACGCCGGGUGCAGCAGUAAGAUCGCGGGGGUCCCUAGCAGCAGGACCCCGGCGAUCAGACA